UUGACCAUUAACACAUACAAUGAUUGCUAAAUUAGGUUUAAACACAUCUGCUCCAUACCAUCUUUUGCUCUGGGGAUUAACGUUUGGUGGAGGUUUUUUUUACUCUUUUGUUGCUUCACCAAUUGCCUUUAAGGAAUUAGAAAGGGAUCAAUUUAGUAAAUUACAAAAUAAAGUAUUCCCAUCCUUUUUUACUGGUCAAGCAGUAACUCCUAUUUUGUUAUCUUUAACUGCACCAAUUAAGUUAUGUCCAUUCACUCUUGGUUUGUUAUCACUUUCUGGAUUAUCAGGAGCUGCUAAUUUAUUAAUCUUAUUACCUCUUUGUAAAGGUAUUAAAGAAGAAAGAAACAAGUUGAUUGCUGACAAGAAACAUGAAGUUAUCGAAAAUGGUGAAGUUAAGCCAAGUGAAGAGUUUACUCGUUUAUCCAAAAAAUUUGGUGCUUACCAUGGUGUUUCUACUUUGAUCAAUAUGCUUUCUAUUGUAUCUCUUGGUUUUUAUGGUAUUGUUUUAUCUAGAAGAUUUAUCAAAUAGAUGAAUUUUCU